AUGGCUCAGCAUGCACGGUGUUGUCUACCCAGCUUUGGUGCCUCUCUCGACGGCCCUAAACGACCCGUCUCGAUCAAAGCAAAAACGACUCCAGCGCAGAAAGCUACAUUGCUCUCCGCACAUGAACAUAAUUCGUUGGAUCCGCUGCUGAAAACCGCUUGGGGAUUGCUGCUCCACCGAUACACUGGCCUCGAAGAUAUCUGUUUCGGCUAUGAACGCCUUGGUGUUGACGAGUCUUCGAGAACACAUUUGUCAGACAAGAAAGAGCUUCUAACGUGUCGACUCAGCAUUGACGAAAACGACUCAAUUGAGACCAUCCUGAACAGAUCCACACGAGAGGACAACUUCAAGAAUCGUCUUAGCUCAAAUGAAGUCUGUGGUACCAACCACGAUGAUUAUUCCCUAUUCAAUACUAUUGUUCUGCUUCGCCUAUGCCGGAAUCGCAUGAAAGGCGGAACUCCUGUGCGACCAGUACUGCCCACUACCCUCCCGGAGCAGUGCCGUGUCCGACUCCAUGUGAAGGUGCUGCAAAGAGAUAUCUGCAUCUUCUUAGAAUGGUGGAACACCGAGAUUUCGGUGACACACAUGGAGAGCAUUACUUGCUACUUUGAGCAGGUACUAGAUCAGGCUAUCUUCAAUCAGGGCAUAGCCGUAGCCGAUACAGGAUGUUUUUCAGAGCACGACUGGUCUCGAAUCUGCAAAUUCAACUCAACUCUUCCGCAGACUCAUGACCGCUGUAUACACGAGGUCAUACAGGAGCAAGGGCAGCUUCACCCACAGCGCGAAGCUGUAUGCGCAUGGGAUGGGAGUCUAACCUUUGAAGAGCUGGACCAUCUAGCCUCAAAGGUUGCAUAUCACCUACAAUGCAAUGGCGUUGGCCCCGAGACUCUUGUGGCCCUCUGUUUUGAUAAAUCGAAAUGGAACAUUGUGGCAAUGCUCGGCGUCCUAAAAGCUGGAGGAGCGUUUGUUCCACUCGACCCGACUCAUCCGACACCUCGCCUUCGCUCUUUAGUGAAAUCUAUCGACGGAAGGAUUAUGCUCUGCUCUAGAAAUAGGGAGGAAGCAUUGAACAUGGUGGUAGAAAACCUGAUAUCGCUGGAUGAGCAGUUACUCGACGGCAUCUCUCUUCCGCCUGGAGGAGAUAUUAGAUCAGGAGUUAAGAGCGAAAACGCAGCCUACUUGAUCUUUACUUCUGGCUCAACUGGGCAACCCAAGGGCACCUUACUUGAGCAUAGAGCGUUUGUUUCGUGUGCUGCCGUAUUUGCCCCACGCAUGAACUUUGAUUCGGAUUGCCGAAGCUUACAGUUUGCGGCCCACACUUUUGAUGCAAGUCUUGCUGAAUCGUUAGCACCGCUGAUGCAUGGAGGCUGUGUGUGUGUGCCAAACGAUGGGGACCGCCUGAAUAACGUUAUUCACGCAAUCAACGAGCUUCGAGCCAAUAAUGCCACUUUUACACCAUCGUUUGUGAGAUUUAUCAACCCGUCGGAUGUUCCGGGAAUGAAGACACUUAUCCUAGCCGGAGAAGCGAUGUCCAUGGUUGAUGUGGAGACGUGGUCUCAUAUCAAUCUGAUAAACGGAUACGGGCCCAGUGAGGCUUCAGUUUGUGCCGCAAUCAACACGAACGUCCGGAUAUCUGCUGAUUGUGGGGAUAUUGGAGUGCCAACAAGCGUGCGCUUCUGGGUGGUAUGCCCGAAUGAUCACGAUAAACUUGUUCCUGUUGGAAGUCCGGGCGAGUUACUACUCGAGGGUCCGAGCCUCGCUCGAUGCUACUGGAAUGACCCGCAGAAAACGGAGGAAGCUUUCAUCUUCAACCCUGCAUGGGUUUUACGCGAUCCUCACUGCGGCGAUCGCAGAUUUUACAAGACUGGGGACUUGGUAAUGUAUAAUUCCGAUGUGGGUUCAUUGACAUUUUUAGGAAGGAAGGACACGCAGAUCAAACUUCAUGGCCAGCGGAUUGAGCUAGGGGAGAUAGAGAACAAUAUCAGCUCUCUUCCCAGGGUAAAGCACUGCUUGGCCUUCCUCUCCAAAUUGGGCUCCGCCAGAGGGAAAAUCGUGGCCGUGAUCUCCAUGCACAGCAACUCAUCCCCGGACUCAGCGAUACUGGAACCCUUACCUCAGGCGGACAGAUCACGAAUUAUGGCAGAUCUUCGUGCGAAUCUUUCCAAGCAACUUCCAACUUACAUGAUACCGUCGGUAUGGUUAUGUGUUCAAGCUAUGCCAUUACUCCCGUCAGGAAAGUUGAACAGAAAGGAGAUUGUGAGCUGGGUCGCUCGCCAAACAGACAAUGUCGAAGAUCAGGCUUCUCUAUGCGGUGAUCACGAGCCUGAAAAAGCCAUCCGCCCUGAGAACACGGUAGAGGAUCGGAUAGCGUCAAUAUGGAGUCGUGUUCUUAACAUCCCGCGGCAGGAACUGGACCUCGAAGAGGGCUUUUUGAGCUUGGGUGGCGACUCUAUCGCUGCUAUCACUUGCAUGGGUCAUUGUAAAAAACAAGGAAUGGGCGUUACUGUGCAAGACGUGCUAGAAUGCAAGUCUAUUCGACAUCUGGCGACGCGUGUCAAGGAGAUCGACCAGCCAGUGGUGUACCAUGAAGUGACUGAGGUAUCCUUUGACCCUUCUCCUAUCCAGAGACUUCAUUUCAUGACCCGGAGUGAGGGUCAAGGCUACUUUAAUCAGGGUGUUCGUACCCGAUUAAAUAGACCGGUCCGUGAACACGAUCUACAACGCGCCAUUGAGACCCUUAUUGAACGCCAUUCUAUGUUGCGAGCGCGCCUUGUCGAGUCGCCAUUGGGCUCUCUCCAAUUACGUAUUACUACAGAGGUGAAGAGUUCAUAUCGUUUGCGAGCGUACGACAGUGGUAAGCAGUCUGACCUGGAAAACGCCAUUUCAGAGAGCCAAGCGUGUAUAAAUGCGCUUGAUGGACCUCUUCUCUCCGUGGACCUCUUCCAAGCUGAGCAUGAUGGUUGUUUCUUAUCAAUGGUUGCCCAUCACUUGGUUGUUGACAUCGUGUCUUGGAGGAUUAUUUUGGAGGAUCUUGAAGACAUCCUAAUGAAUCCCGAGGCGAAGACGCCCAGUACCAACUCCCUUCCAUUUUCGACUUGGUGCCAUCUACAAGAUGAACAUUCACGGACUCUGGAAUCAGUUUCUAGCGACCCUCCUGCCGUCGACUUUGCUUACUGGGGAAUGGAAAACCAGGUGGCUACCUACGGAGAUGCUACCUGUGAGACAUUUGAGCUUGACCCAGACGAUUCGCAUCUGAUUCUACUGGACUGCCACAAAGCACUCGGAACCGAACCAAUUGAUAUUCUCCUCGCCUCGCUGCUGUACGCAUUCGGUAGAACAUUCAGGGACAGGGCGCUACCUGUCAUCUAUAAUGAAGGCCACGGGCGAGAAGUUUGGGACUCAUCUCUUGACAUAUCCCGCACGGUGGGCUGGUUCACAACGUUGUUUCCAAUCUUAAUAGCUCGACAGGCAGCAGAGGAUCCGGUCGACACAGUCAUACAUGUCAAAGACCUCCGCAGAUCCGUUUCCGAUAAUGGAAGGCAAGAUUUCGCAAGCCGCAUUCUAGCAACAGGCUUGAACGGAAGAUUGAAGCAUCCAGUUCCCAUGGAGAUGUCAUUCAACUAUGUUGGCCAGCAUCGUGAUCUGCAACGACAAGAUGGCCUCUUCCAACUCAUGAACCAGAUGGCUGGCGAAACCGGCCAAGGUGGAGGCUCAUCAGACUAUGGGAAAGACACUCCUCGAUUUGCGCUUUUCGAAAUCUCAGCGCUUGCCGUGAAUGGAAGACUCCGCUUUACAUUCUCCUUCAGCAGGCACAUGCUGCAUCAGGAGAGUAUCCGAAGAUGGACCGCUAGCUGUAGUGAUGUGCUUCGAUCUCUUGGCAACAAACUUCGAUCACUCACACCCAAGCCAACUUUGAGUAGUUAUCCGAUGCUUUCUUUGACGUACGAGGACCUCGAUCACCUAGUUUCGGCAAAGCUACCAAGCAUCGGCGUGAGCUCCCCAGACCUCGUUGAGGACAUAUAUCCGUGUUCUCGCAUGCAGCAGGCGAUGUUGCUUGCGCAAUAUCGAGAUAACUCUCUCUACGCUGUUCAUUCGACUUACGAAGUGAGAGGACUGGAAGAUAAGCCUGAUCCUAUGAGACUUGCGAUGGCAUGGAGGAUGGUCAUUUCCCGCCAUGCGAUGCUUCGUACCUUGUUCGUGGACAACCUGACCACUCAAGACCUAUUCUCUCAGGUAGUGCUGAGGUCCUAUGACCCGCCUUUGAGCCAUUUGGCCUGUUUAGAAGACAAGGAUGUGCUUCCAACCUUCAACAGUCAACCCCCUGCAGCCCACGACAAGCAUAAACCCCACCAUCGACUCACUACCUGCGAGACUGCAGAGGGCAGACUGUUUGUCAGGUUGGAACUGAGCCACGCGGCGAUGGAUGGUGUAACGAUCUCAGUGAUACUGAAAGAUCUGCAGCGCGCCUACGACGGAAAACUGGAUUAUCACAGGCCAUUGUUCAAGAAUUACAUCCACCAUCUGCGCAACAUCCCGCAAGCUAGCAGUCUCGCAUACUGGCGGAUGUACCUGGAGGGUGUCAAGCCUUGUCUCUUUCCUGUCCUUCUCGAUGGUCAGACUGCCCCGCCAAAGGCAUUCAAGACCAUCCAGCUGAGCUUUGGCCUGUUCAAUGAGCUGCAGGCCGUCUGCGGACGAAGACACCUUACCAUGUCGACUGCCUUUACUGCCGCCUGGGGACUCACGCUUCGUCACUUCUGCAACUCAAACGACAUCUGCUUCAUCUAUCUCGCAUCUCUCAGGGACUCGACGGUUGAGGAUAUUGAGGCAGUUGUUGGGCCCGUGAUCAAUCUUCUUGCGCUUCGAAUGAGGGUUUCCGGAAAGGAUUCCAUAAGAGACAUCCUGCAAGCAGUCCAAGAAGAUUGCCUGGAGCAGCUAAACCAUAACUGUUUAUAUAUGGCCGACAUUCAACAGGAGCUUAAACUCUCAGAUACCGCCUUGCUCAAUUCCGGAAUCUCCUAUCAAAGACCAGCAAAACUUGACAUCAAGCACUCCGCAGACAUACAAUUCUCCCAAGUUGGCACGGUCCACGACCCCGCUGAGUACCCACUGUUUGUCAAUGUUGUCGCCUCAGACAAGAGUGCAGACAUUGAACUGAACUAUUGGACGGACAUGUUGUCUGAUGGGAAUGCACAAAAUGUAGCCAGCAUCUUUCUCAAGUACUUGCAUGACAUUGUUCACCACCAUGAAGAGCGAAUUGACCAGCUAGAACCGCUGAGCGAGCGAAACCAGCAGCAUAUACGGAGAUGGAACAAGCAGCCGCUUGAGGACCCCGAAAUCAGUGUCGACGACCUUGUUCGUGAAAAGGAAGCUGCCCACCCCGAUGCCCAGGCCAUUACAGCUUGGGAUGGGCAUUUCACAUACUCUGACCUCGACAGAUUGUCCUCAGGCCUGGCAAUCUAUCUUGAGCAGUUUGGUGUAACUACGGGAACCUUGGUGUCAGUCCGUAUUGACAAAUCCCGAUGGCAGGUUGUCGCUAUCCUUGCUGUUCUGAGGGCGGGAGGAACUUGUGUCCCGCAAGAAGAGACUCGGUUCGAGAACAGUCUGGACAAUUGGGCUCCCGAGAAUGGCGUACAGAUCGCCCUCACGUCUCCAUCCAAUGCCGCAUCAUCAGAGGAGACGUACCCAGUCGUCAUCACCAUCGAUGAGUCGCUGUUUGAGGCUCUUCCUGAUUACGGUGCAGCGACCUAUCAACAAACAAGCCCUUCAAGUGAGGGAUAUGUUGUCUUCACCAUAGAUAACCUUGAUCAAACCUCAGCGGUUGUUCUAAGGCAACGGUCGAUUAUAAGCCGAGCGGCAGCGUUUGCAGCGUCCCUCAGCCUGGAUUCGAGAACGAGGACAUUCCAAUCCGCUCCGUAUAGUUCUGAUAUGUUCCUACAGGAAUUGUUCGGCACAAUGUUCAGUGGAGGCUGCCUCUGUAUCUCCGAGAACGAUCCCGCCUUGGGGUUAUCAGAGUCAAUCAACCAGACCAGCGCGAACUUCGUCUGCCUGACCCCAUCGAUAAUUGCCAACUUGCGUCCUACGGAUGUUCCAGGCAUCCAGGUCCUUGCUCUCCAUGGAGAGCUUCCGACAAGAGCGACCAAGGAAGUAUGGUCGGAGAAAGUUCGACUCCACAGCUUCUUCGGAAUGGCCGAGUGCUCUUCCACUUGUAUUCACGAGUCUGGAUUCAACAAAUUAGGCACAUUACAGACCAUUGGGGCAAGCACAGGCUGCUGCUCAUGGCUUGUUGAUCCCUCAGAGCCCUCUCGCUUGGUCCCUGUGGGGUGUGUUGGCGAGCUCCUCAUCGAAGGCCCUGGCGUCUCUCAUGGUUAUCUUUAUGAUGAAAGUCGAACAAAAGAUAGGUUCAUCAAGUCGGGCAACAACGAUAUGGGAUCAUUCUUGCUAUCCUCAAAAUCGUCUCGUCAGAUGUUUCGAACGGGCCAAUUGGCUCGCUACAAUUCCGAUGGAACCCUAGUGUAUCUCGGAAAGAGAGACCAGACGAUUAACCAGGACACACAGAUGUUGGCUCUAGAGAUAGAGCAGCGUUUGGAAGGCCUGGACCUGACGGGCAAACGAUGCGUUGUAGAAGCUCUUGACUUGCAGGGCAAUAAAUCUUCGGAUAACUGCAUUGCGAUCUUCGUGGUGCCAACACAAGGUGUCUCAACCCUUGCCAACCAGGAGAAAGAUGUGAUGGCUCCGAAAAGUACUGAGUUUCACCAGCUCAUUGUCAAGAUUCAGACCCAUCUUUCUAGCUCGCUGCCCUCAAGCCACGUUCCCAGCCUGUAUUUCCCCGUCAAUGUUCUGCCACUGACAACCUUGGGAACGGUGAACCGCUACCUGUUGAGACAUAGCGUGGAAACACUACCUGCGGAAAUUUUGCUCGAAUAUGACCUUAAAAGGUUUGGAACCUUCUGGCGUCAUGAGCUAGGGGGACUAUCACCCUCAGGCUCGGGCUUGUUGCAGAUUCCUGCUACCCAAGAGCAACCAGCUCUUAAGUAUCUUGACAGCGGCCUUAGAAUCCCUUGGGGUGGUUUGCUGCAAGCGGACAAGGCAAAAGCUCCUCUGCUCGGUGCCUGGGCAUUAGGUGUCUACAGCUAUACUCACUGCGAGGACAUUGUAAUAGGAGAUGCGACGGCAGAAACAGCACGGAUUGUGCCUCGGCGAGUCAAGCUCAACAGCGUGGACAGUAUCGCUGGGCAUCUGGGCCGAGUAUCGUCUUCAUUGGCCGCAGCCAAGCCAUUUGAGAAGACAUCCCUUUCAUCAAUCAAGAACCUGAGCGCGGAAACAGCUCGAGCUUGCAGCUUUGAAACAGUGCUUUUCGUUUCGGAUCGAGUCGACCAGCAAAGUACCCUCCUAGAGCGCUUGGAGACCGAAGAAAACACAUAUUCCGAGCUUAGCGGCUACCCACUUGUGAUGCUCUGUACACUAGAGCAAGACGAGUUGCUCGUGACCGUCCGUUAUGAUGAAAAGGCUCUGUAUUCUUCGCAGGUUGCCCGACUAACGAGCCUUUUUGGUGAAUUUUUGGGGCUCUUAAGAUCAGCAUCAACACUACAAGAGCAAGUCAGCAAUCUGGCGGAAAUAGGUGGGGACAUUCAUGUCCUCAACGACACGGUGGCCUAUUGGAAGAAUCAAUUGACUGAGAUCGAGCCAUGCUUGUUCCCGGCAUUGAGCCCUAAUGGAGCAUCAACCAGGUUCAGCGUGGAAAGUCUGAGGCUAUCGAAUUCCUCAAGGAUACACAGCGCCUGCAAGCCUCUAUCAAUAACGCCCAGCGCUCUCCUUCAAGUGAUCUGGGGUCUGGUGCUUCGGUGCUAUACAGGCUUGGAAGAUGUGUGCUUCGGCUACUACGUCUCGCCUAAGACAACCCCCAGUGGCAUUCUACCUUGUCGGUUGAGCUUACACGACAGCCUGAAGCUCAAAGACACCAUUUUGGGCCGAAAAGAAGACAUGGACCGCUCAUUGAAACAUCGAAUGCCGCUUUUCGAGAUCCGCCGGGCCAUUGGAAUGGAGGACUCUCCGAUAUUCAACACUGCUUUCAGAUACAGGAAGUCCUCCGCAGGAGCAACAGAGUUCAGCAACACAAUCCUGAAUUCGAACAAUGACGGGAUGAACCAGCACCUCAUUGUUGUCACUGCAAGCGUCUCUGGUUCUUCUGGAGAAAUCAACUUUGAGUACCAGCCAUCAUGCCUUUCGAGGAGCGAUAUCGACAGCAUCGUUGACUGCUUCGAGCACACUCUGAACUCGGUACUCGCUACGCUAGGUUCAGACUGUCAGAUUCAAAGUGUCGAGUUUUUCGGUCCACGUUCUUGCCAGAAGGUGGGCAAAUGGAACGCAAAUCUUCCACCUGAGCCCAAGCGAUGUGCACCUGAAGUUAUCCAAGGCCAAGUCCAUGCCCAUCCAACGGCAUCUGCUAUAUGCUCUUGGGAUGGAAACUUCACAUACGCUCAGCUUGACUUUCUGUCAACCAAGCUCGCGUGCCACUUGAUGGACCGUGGUGUUGGGCCAGAGGUGUUUGUCGGCUUAUGCUUUGAGAAAUCAGCCUGGGCUAUUGUUGCACAAGUUGCAGUACUGAAGGCCGGCGGAGUCUUCGCAUCCAUGGAUCCUUCUCACCCUGAAAGCCGCUUGAAAGGCCUUGUUGACGAUAUCAAUGCGCGUCUUGUACUGUGCUCGGCUCAAUAUUUGGAGAAAGUGUCACGGAUAGCUGGUUCUGCGUUGGCCAUCAAUCAGGACACGGUUGGGCAGCUUUCAAAUACAUCCACUGCCAAGGACUUCCCAUCCUUGAACAUUCGAAAUGCUGCUUACGCAAUCUUUACAUCUGGAACCACCGGAAAGCCCAAAGUAACUAUUCUUGAGCAUGCUGCGCUUGGAAUCGCUGCAUCGUCGUUCACAGAAGCCUAUGAAAUGGGCCCAGGCACUCGCGUGAUACAGUUCUCAAGCUACACUUUUGACGUCAGCAUCUUUGAGACCAUUAUCACCAUCAUGACAGGUGGGUGUAUCUGCAUCCCGCGCGAUGACGAGCGAAUCAACGACCUUGCUGGGGAAAUCAGAAGGAUGGAGGCAAACAUGAUCGCUUGUACACCAUCUGUGACCGACAUCCUGGAUCCAGCCAGUGUCCCGAGUUUGAGAACCAUCAUAAACGGGGGCGAGAAGCUCACGGAAAUGCACAUAACUCGGUGGGCUGAUAGGAAUCAUUUCAACGCGUAUGGUCCCUCCGAGGCUACUAUCAUCGCCACUUCAAGUCGAAAGGUUGAUCAGCAUGGAGCACGCCUUGACGAUGACAGCAACUCGAUUGGUACUGCGGUCUGCGGCAGAGCCUGGAUUGUUGACCCUUACAACCAUAACCGACUGCUUCCUGUCGGCGCUGUUGGAGAGCUAGUGCUAGAAGGGCACAAUAUUGCGCGGGGUUACCUCAACAACGAGAAGAAGACAAAAGAGGUAUUCAUCGAUCAACCUCGGUGGUGCCGCACUCCAGGAUUUCGAAACGUCUUUCGGCGCACUGAACGAAUGUACCGGACUGGAGACUUGGUACGCUAUAAGUCUGAUGGAAAUAUCUGCUUCAUCUCUAGAAUCGGCACACAAGUCAAGCUGAACGGUCAGCGUGUUGAGCUGGAGGAGAUUGAACAGCAAUGCAUCUCGCUGUCACCAGCAGGUACUCAGGUUGCUGUUGAUAUUGUAGUCCCAGAGACCAAGACCGUCUCCAAAUGCUUGGCUGCUUUCUUCACGGUGAAGGAAUCAGUGUCUCGAGGCAAAGCGUCGAAAAACGACGUAUUAUCCAACGUUCUACUUCCUGUCUCUGACACCAUUCGGGCAUCAAUUGGAAAGCUCCAGGCAUCUCUCAAUCAAGCCCUUCCGCAGGUCAUGAUACCGAAGCUUUACUUUCCUGUGCGAUACCUCCCUCUGGGCACUACUGGAAAGCUUGACCGGAAGGGACUUCGAAGGAUGGCUGAGACCCUCACUAAGGAGCAGUUGAGACAGUACAUGAACUCCACUUCCGGUCAAGAGCGGGCAGCAGAACAGGCAGUAGAGUCGACUCUUCGAGAUCUUUGGGGAGAGGUCCUUCAGCUUGAUCCGGGUUCGAUCAGCGCUGCUGACAGCUUCUUCGCACUUGGUGGCGAUUCCUUCUCCGCUAUGAAGCUAGUUGGCACCGCAAGAUCUCGAGAUAUCUCUUUGACUGUUGCUGAUAUCUAUGGACAUCCCAUCCUGUCUGAUCUCAUUCAGUGUUGUGGAAGCGUCAAGGUUGAAGUCGAGAAACCAAGCCUAGAGCCAUUCGCUCUUCUUCCAGACUCGGCGUCGCUACAGGCUAUCAUGGAGGAGGUCUCCAGCCAGUGCGAUGUCGCCGAAGAGACAAUAUCGGACGUUUAUCCCUGCAGUGCUCUGCAGGAAGGCUUGAUUACGCUUUCGAUUCAGCAUCAGGGGGCCUAUAUUGCUCGAUCCACUUUCCAACUUGCUGCUACGGUUGAUAUUGGAAGAUUCAAAUCUGCGUGGCAGCAAGCCGUGGACGAAUUUGACAUUCUCCGGACGCGAAUCGUGCACACGGAGGCGGCUGGAUUCCUCCAGGUUGUGCUUCAUGAGGAACGGAUCUCGUGGACCAUUGAGACGACGUUCGAUGACCUGAUGCAAGACACACUUGAGAGCAACGGAGGACUGUUGGCAAAAUAUGCCAUUGUUCAUCACGAGAACUCGGAGCGCUACUUUGUCUGGGUGGUCCAUCACGCUCUCUAUGAUGGAUGGAACGUUCAGCAGUUCUUGACAAGAGUCGAGAAGAUCUAUAUGGGUACUCCGGCUCAAAACUCAACGGUGCCCUACAAGUUCUUCAUCGAUCAUUUACACCAGCGGGAUCUGACUCAAUCGGAUGAGUUCUGGAAGUCAUACCUCCACGGCUUCUUCAGCCCUCCUUACCCUCCGCAGGCGAACAGGCUAUCAUAUGAUUCUAGCACACGAAAUGUGCAACGUGCCAGGGUUGAUCUCCCACAAGUAUCUGGGGUAUCUGGCCUUACCAUUCCCGAGCUUAUUCGUGCUGCAUGGGCUAUUGUGCUUUCCGUUCACACUGCCAAUGAAGAUGUCUGUUUUGGCGAAACCCUGAUGGGUCGAAAUAUCGACAUGCCCGGCAUCACAGAUGUGGCUGGACCAGUUUUGGCGACAGUCCCCGUACGUAUAACAGUCAAUAACAAGCUUCCAGUGAUCCAGUAUCUGCAUGAUGUACGCCAAAUGGCAGCGACGAUGAUCCCGCAUCAGCAUUCUGGGCUUCAGAGAAUACAAAAACUAAGCAGUGACGCUGCCCUUGCUUGCAACUUCCAGAACCUGCUCGUGAUUCAAUCGAAUGAUGUCCAACUCAGCGAUGAUGUUUGGAGGCCUGAAAACUUUGAAGUCAGAAGCGACUUUUUGACUCACCCUCUUGUUGUUGAGUGCACACUUUCCCGUUCUGACUUAGUGAUUCAGGCCUACCACGAUGAGAGAGCGCUCGAUAUUUGGCACGCGAAAAGACUCGCCGAACAGUUUAGCUUUGUACUUGAGCAACUCAUCAAUGUUCCCCAGGAGAGUUCAAUUACAGUUGGUGACAUUGACGUCGCUAGUCCUCUAGACAAGAGGGAGAUUGCAUCGUGGAAUCAGCGACAAGUGCAGUGCGUCGACAGAUGUUCUCAUGACAUUAUUAGCGAACAGGCACUCAGGCAGCCGCACGCUCCUGCUAUCUGCUCCUGGGAUGGCGAUCUUACCUACCACGAGAUGUUGGACCUCGCCUUCCCUUUCGCGAGAUAUCUUGUCUCUUGCGGAGUAGGUCCCGAGACCUUUGUGCCAGUUUGUCUGGAUAAGUCUCUAUGGGCAAUGGUCGCUAUUUUGAGCGUUCUGCUCGCAGGAGGCGCUUUCGUUCCUCUUGAUCCUUCGCAUCCGACCUCCAGGCACAAGGAAAUCCUAGCUGAGGUGGAUGCAGACAUCAUCCUGUGCUCUCCACAACACCGCAGCCGCUACCUUGGAUCCGUCAGUACAAUUAUACCCGUCAGCGAGGAAAAGAUCAAGGCCUAUGGUGCAAUCAAAAGUAGCACGAAGCCGCAUACCAACGCAACCCCGUCAAACAUGGCCUAUGCGAUUUUCACCUCAGGAAGUACAGGGCGUCCAAAAGGCAUUGUCAUUGAACACCGCUCGGUUUGCAGCAGUGUCUUAGCCUUUGCUCCUGUCAAAGACCUAGGCGCCAAUUCCAGGGUCUUCCAAUUUGCUUCUCUCACAUUCGACGCUGCCAUCCUAGAAGUCCUUGGCACAUUGAUGCUUGGAGGCUGCAUUUGUGUCCCCAGUGAGGAUGAGCGUCUGAACGAUAUCUCAGGCGCAAUGCAACGAAUGAUGGUCUCCUGGACGUUUUUGACACCCUCUGUUGCUUCCAUCAUUGAGCCAUCGUCUGUGCCAUCACUCAAGGUGCUUUCGUUGGGAGGAGAGAAGCUUUCCCGGGAAGUGGUGGCUAAGUGGGCGAAUCAUGUGAAGCUGUUUGGAGGCUAUGGUCCGACUGAAACUGUCAUAUUUGCUGUUGUGAAUAGUGAUUUUGUCAACCAUGAUGCAGCCUGCAUUGGUUAUGGGAUUCCAUGUACCCUAACCUGGAUUGUCGAUCCCGAAGACCAUAACCGACUCACCCCCCUGGGCGCGAUCGGGGAACUCGCCUUGGAAGGGCCAGCUCUUGCAAGGGAGUACCUCAAGAACCCCAACAAAAACGCAGAAGCCUUCAUCAAUGAACCUGCUUGGGUGAAGAACUUCCCCAGUACCCUGCCCUCACCCAGGAGGAUCUACAAAACAGGCGACCUGGUUAAGUACAACACUGAUGGGUCAGUUGAGUAUCUUGGCCGCAAGGACCACCAAGUCAAGCUGCAUGGACAGCGGAUGGAGCUAGGGGAGAUUGAACAUCGCUUGCUUGAUAGCCCGAAUGUCCGUCAUGCUCUUGUGAUCUUACCACAGACAGGCUGCCUCAAGCAGAAGUUGGUUGGCAUCUUGUCUUUGAACUCGCUUGCCUCGGAGUCAGGUCUCAACUCGGGCGGUACGUUGGAGCUCCUGAGCCCUAACGACAUGGCGAGAGUUGGACAACGGGAAAUCAGCGCAAUCCAAAAAAGUAUCGAAGAGCAGCUACCUAUAUACAUGGUUCCACAAGCUUGGGUGGUUGUCAAGAAUGUUCCGAUGCUUGUUUCUGGAAAGUUGGACAGGAAGAGAGUCACUCAUUGGAUUGACCAUCUCGAGGAGUCUGCAUACAAUCGCAUUAUGCAAGACUACGAAGAUGUGACUCCUGAUACUGUUGAGCAAGAAGAUCAUGAUAAUGCCAACUCGACAGUUGAAAUCAUUCGAGAUAUCUUUGCUCAGGUCCUGAAUCUGCCCUUACACAAGGUUGAUCCAAGUCGAUCGUUCAUCAACCUGGGUGGCGAUAGCAUUACCGGGAUGGCCGUCGUGUCAAAGGCACGUAAGAGCGGCUUGAACUUGCCUCUCAACCGUGUUCUGCAAAGCAAAUCUAUAGAGUCGCUUUCUUUGUGCUGCGAGGCGAAGAGUCCGGAAGCACAGAAGGCGAAAGAGUCGACGGUCUCUUUCAGACUCUCUCCAAUUCAGGAGUUAUUCUUCCGCGCAUCCCCUACCGCGCCCAAGUCCUCGGGUCGAUUCAAUCAGAGCAUAACGGUUCAGCUUACUCGAAAAAUCCAGCCGAGUGUCCUGAAGAAUGCGGUUCACGCUCUUGUCCAGAAGCAUUCCAUGUUUAGGGCACGCUUCAGCAAGUCAGCGGAUGGAACUUGGCAACAGAGAAUUACAGAUGACGUCAAAUCUUCGUUCACGUUCCGCACUCAUUCAAUCAGGAGUCAGAGCGAUAUGUCGAGCAACAUCGUGGAUAGCCAACGCUCCGUUGACAUCCAAAUGGGACCAGUGCUUGCCGCAGAACUUUUCGAGUGCGAUGGGCCGCAGAUUCUCUUCCUCACAGCCAGCCAUUUAUGCGUUGAUGUUGUCUCCUGGCGCACUGCACUGCAGGAACUUGAAGACUUCGUCAAUACUGGAUCUAUAUCUGCAAGUGCACCAUUAUCCUUCCAAUCUUGGUGUAGCCUGCAGUUAGAUAACAGUAAAGUCGUCAAAAAUCCCCUUGAUGUUGCUUUCCGUCCUCCGGACCUGGAUUAUUGGGGUAUGAAUGGCCGGCCAAACAACUACGGGCAUGUCAAGAUGGAUAGCUUCACCUUGGACAAAUCAACCACGUCAUUCAUCUCCCAGGGCUGUCAUCAUGUUCUCCGCACCGAAACUAUUGAAGUCCUCCUUGCUGUCGUGCUUCACUCCUUCAAUCUUACAUUCGCAGACAGGGAUACUCCGACAGUCUACAAUGAAGGUCAUGGACGUGAAGUCUGGGGUCCAGCUGAUCCUUCGGAAACGGUUGGAUGGUUUACUACCUUAUCCCCUCUGCAUGUUCGACGGACUUUAGACUUCUUCGAUACCCUGAAGCGUGUGAAGGACACAAGACGGCGAGCCGCGGGAUACAACCGGACCUUCUUCGCUCGAAAUAUCCUGCAUUCCAGCAGCAACAACGAGGCCAACAAGUUCCCUAUUCCGCUUGAGAUUCUGUUUAACUACCUUGGUAAACUUCAACAACUAGAGCGUACCGACUCGUUGUUCCAGCAUCACGGCAAUGUCUUCGAUUCAGAAGCCCUGUUGUCGACAGGAGAUAUGGGCCCAGAGACACCGCGGUUCGCGCUGUUCGAAAUUUCCGCACUGAUAGUAAAGGAGCAGCUGCAUGUCUCGUUUACAUACAAUUACAACAUGCAACACCAGGCUCGAAUCCAGACCUGGAUCAGCGAGUGCAAGCAAGUGCUCGAAACAGACUUGCUAACGCUAAGAACCUGUUCAUCGGAGCCUACCCUAAGCGAUUAUCCUCUACUCCCCACCACAUACGACGGGCUGAAGAAAUUGACUAACACUGUUCUUCCACGACUCAACAUAGAACAUUGGGACCGGGUGGAAGAUAUCUACCCCUGUUCCCCUGUACAGGAGGGCAUACUCCUCAGUCAACUUCGGGAUCCGCAGGGGUAUACGUUCAAUGCUGUCUUUGAAGUGUAUUCUGCUGGAAACCAUCAUGGCAUUGAUCUCGCAAAGCUCAAGAGAGCGUGGUCUAUGGUUGUCGCUCGGCACUCGGUUCUUAGAACAGCAUUCAUCGACAGCGAGUGCAAAGGAAGUUCGUUCGACCAGCUUGUUCUCAAAAAGAUCAAUGAAACCGCGAUUGAGAUUGAAUGUGACGAUUCAUAUGCGGUCGACAGUAUUGAUGGUAUCCGCAUGCAAGGCACCAGCUCAAACAUCUGCCACCAGUUGGUAUUCUGCAAGACAUCUACUGGCCGAGUACUUCUCAAGGUUGAGAUGAAUCAUGCCAUCAUCGACGGGGGAUCAAUGUCUAUCCUGCUGAGAGACCUAGCAUUGGCCUACAGUAAUCGCCUCCCAUCCGGACCAGGGCCGCUGUUCAGUGAGUAUAUUAAGUAUACCAGGAGCGAGUCGCGAAGUGAUGCUCUAGCCUAUUGGAAGGGGCAUCUGUCUGGUGUUCGUCCUUGCCACCUUUCCGUCUCCGCGAGCAACAACGGCGUCCGUGAGCUUGGCUCUUGCAUGAUGGCAUUUGAUCGUUUUGCUGAACUUCAGCGCUUCUGCGAAGUCAACUCCAUAACGUUCGCGAACCUCACUCUGUCCGCGUGGGCGAUAGUCCUCCGCAGCUACACCAAGUCCGACGACGUUUGUUUCGGGUACCCUUCUACCGGGCGUGAUCUACCUGUUCCUGGAAUCCAGGAAGCGGUUGGAAUCUUUAUCAACACCCUGUGCUGUCGUGUACGGUUCCAAACUGGCCAAACGUUCCUCGACCUGUCCAAGUCCGUGCAGAAUGAUCAUAUUGAGAGCCUCUCGUUUCAGCGCGCUUCGCUUGCAGAAAUUCAGCAUACACUUGGUGAACGCGGAGAGUCCCUCUUCAAUACGUGCAUUUCGAUUCAGAGUCACACAGACGACAGUCUCGCGGAUGCAGACCUUUCCUUCGAGUUCUUGAAGGCAUACGACCCCACUGAGUACCCUAUCACUGUAAAUGUGGAGACUGCCCGAGGCCGCGAAGGGAUACUCUUGAGGUAUUGGGCGGAUGCUGUGUCAGAGGCAGAAGCGACUGGCCUCGCCCAAUCGAUAGCUAAGGUGCUUACUUGCUUCGUUGAGACUCCGUCCAGGUUUAUUUCCGACCUGAAGCUCCACGGAAAGGAGCCGUCUACAGCCUUGCAGCAACUUAUGGAUCGGGACUGCAUAGAAGAGCUGAUUGACAAGCGCAUCAAAGCUAUUCUCGGCCAGAUGCUCAAAGACGGCAAGCUUGGUGCACCCUGGGUCAAGGAGCAUGAUGCGGACCUACCAAAGGACUUCUUCUACGCCGAGAAGGGACUUGAAGAUUCGCUUAAGGGGAUAGUCGUGGCGAGGCAGAGAACACCUUCAGGCUCUACUCUUACACUCGCCUCUGACUACCGUUCACCGAAUGACCUUGAGAAACAGCUUUGGCGACUUUGGGGCAUAAUCCUAGGGUUACCGCCACACCCUGUCAAAUACCAUGACAGCUUUUUCAAACUUGGCGGUGACAGUAUCACAGCCAUGAAGCUCGUUAGCUCAGCACGAGAGGAGGGUGUCAGUCUUAGUGUGUCCGACGUCUUCAGGAACCCGAUAUUUGAGGACAUGGUAGCUUUCCUCAGCAAACAAACAAUAAAGCCUGCAGCCCCGCACACGAAACCAAAGCAUGAACUGACCGAGAAGUUUGCUGAAGGCACGCCAUUCAGCCUUCCAAGUAGCGAGUCUUCUCAAGAAAUCUCCAUCUUGAGGCCCAUCGAGCCCGAUGCUACAUCGCUGCGAGCAGCAAUAUGCCCGAAGAUUGGUGUGUUUAAGGGAGGAAUUGUCGACAUUCUACCUGUCACGGACUUCCAAUCUCUUUCAAUCGCCGCGACUAUGUUUGAGUCCAGGUGGAUGUUGAACUAUUUCUAUCUUGACGGAAAGGGCUCUUUGGAUAUUAGGCGUCUUAGGGAAAGCUUCCUGCGUGUCGUUGAUGCCUUUGACAUACUUCGCACGGUCUUCGUCUGCUACCAUGGGCAAUUCUUCCAAGUCGUCCUUCGCAAGAUUCGGCCAGAUAUCUUCGUGCACGAGACUGAUAAGAGUCUUGACGAGUACACUAAAUCUCUGCAACAGCGAGACCGGGACCAACCACCGGGUCAGGGAGAGCAGAAUGUACAGUUCUACGCUGUCCGAAAGACUAACAGCGACGAGCAUCGCAUCCUGGUUCGAAUGUCACAUGCCCAAUUUGAUGGUGUCUGCCUGUCAAAGAUCAUGACCGCCAUCAAAAUGGCCUAUGAAGGGUGUCCUAUCACGCCUUCAUCCUACCUGAACUAUAUGCGAAUUCUGCCUGGUACGAUUACCCCUGAGCAUUAUCGACACUGGGCCACUCUGCUCAAGGGGUCCAAGAUGACGCAAGUUAUCCAGCGUUACAGGCCGAACACCUUCCAGGAUGUAGGUGGUUUUGCUGAGCAAAAGAAGACAAUUGAGAUCCCUUCAACAGCAACGGAGAAUAUUACUAUUGCAACUGUCAUGCAAUCGGCAUGGGCAAUAACCCUCGCAAAGCUGUCUGCUCAGGACGACGUUGUCUUUGGUCUUACCGUCAAUGGUCGGAAUGCCGUUCCUGGACUCGAGAACACAAUCGGUCCUUGCCUCAACUUUAUCCCCAUCAGGGUCCGCUUUGGAGAUCGUUGGACUGCCUUGGAUUUGUUCCGCUUCUUGCAAGACCAGCAGGUGUCCAACAUGCCCUACGAAUCUUUAGGGUUCAGGGAGAUCAUCAGACGCUGCACGGACUGGCCGGAUUCGACGUUCUUUACAACUACGGUCUUGCACCAGAACGUCGAUUACGAAGGCCAAAUGCAGCUGGACAACAAUACCUACAAGAUGGGUGGUGUAGGUGUGAUCGACAACUUUACGGACCUCACACUCUUCUCCAAACCAGUCGCUGGCCAGCCUAAUCAGAUCGCCGUCUCACUUGGGUACUCGCUCAAGGGUCCUCUGCACCCCACUUUCGUCUCUACAGUCCUCGACAUGGUCUGCGAUACUGCACAGAGUCUCGUUGCCAACCCUAACGUUAUACUUCCUUCCCCGUCUACACUUCGCUCUCUACCUCUUCAGCUCGUCGAGGAUACCUCCACCAGCCCCAGCAGCGACAAGCUCCUGUCUUCUCUAAACAACCGCAGCUUAUCCGAGAUCCUUGCUCACUCAGAGCUCCUUACCCGAAUCUGGCAGCAAGUCCUACCAUCCCGAUCAUCCACGGGGAAACCACAAACAUCAUAUCAGCUUGAUUCGUCUUUCUUCCGCCUCGGCGGCGACAUCGUGAACAUGGCGCAAAUCGUCUGGAUCUUGGAGCAGGAGACGAAGCUGCACGUUCGCCUCGAGGACCUUCUCGCACAUCCCACCUUCCUCGGCCAGAUGGCCGUCUUGGCCUUGUAUACCACGAAGCGUGACGCGCAGGGCAACAACCCCGAAGCUGCUCCUGCUUACGCUUCUGAUGCUGACUCGACUGUCGUGUCGGUUAGUGGGCGCAACGUCGCGCCACCUGUUCCUGUGAAGAGUGACAAUUGGAGCACUCUGGAUAGAGCUAGGGUUUUGGCGAAGAAGCUUACCAGAUUUGGUGGCUUGUCUACACGAGUGUGA